UUUGACAGCGAUUCGUUUCGCGAGUCGAGUGCUACGUAAAUACAUGUGGUAAAAAGUAGCGCAAAGUGGUGUAGUUGAGCUUUUUUACUUUAAAAAGGACAUCAUCAAACCUUCCCCGAUGGAUAUUAGCUGUCAGGACAUCAUCGGGGACAUUGAAGAUUUGAUAUCGUUGGACGAUCCGUCGCCGGCAGAACGAUACCUCAACAAGAAGGAUGUAACUGUGCGCACCAAACGCGUCAAAGUACGCGCGAACCGGCCGAAAGAAACGUCCACCGUCGAAAAGCCGCUCCUGGACAGCGUUAUUCCCGAGACGCAGCACAUCUACAUGAAGACAUGGGGCUGUGCGCACAACACCUCCGACACGGAGUACAUGGCGGGGCAGCUGGCACAGUACGGGUACAAUCUGACGAGCGAUAAAGAUUCGGCCGACCUGUGGGUGCUGAACAGUUGUACGGUCAAAAACCCGUCGGAAGAUACGUUUCGCAACGAGAUCGAGGCGGCCCAUCAAGCCGGAAAGCAUGUGGUGGUGGCCGGAUGUGUGCCGCAGGCCGCCCCGCGGUCCGAUUAUCUCAAAGGGCUCAGCGUGGUCGGCGUGCAGCAGAUCGAUCGUGUGGCGGAAGUCGUGGAGGAAACGCUCAAGGGCCACUCGGUCCGGUUGCUGCAGGCGAAGAAGGUGGACGGUCGCAAGGUAGCCGGCCCAAAGCUGGCCCUGCCGAAGGUACGCAAAAAUCCGCUCAUCGAGGUGAUUCCCAUCAAUUCCGGCUGUCUGAACGCGUGCACCUACUGCAAGACAAAGUUUGCCCGGGCCGAUCUGGUAAGCUACCCAGUGCAGGAGAUAGUGGACCGGGCGCAGCAGGUAUUUCAGGACGGGGUGUGCGAAAUAUGGCUCACGUCCGAAGACACCGGAACGUACGGGCGGGAUAUCGGUUCGUCGCUGCCGGAACUGCUGUGGCAGCUGGUUGAGGUAAUCCCGGAAGGCUGCAUGAUGCGGCUCGGCAUGACCAAUCCGCCCUACAUUCUCGAGCACUUGGACGAGAUGGCGAAAAUACUGUCGCAUCCACGCGUCUACAGCUUCCUGCACAUACCGGUGCAGAGCGGCUCGGACGCAAUCCUGGGCGAAAUGAGGCGCGAAUACUGCGUGAAGGAUUUCGAGCGCAUGGUGGACUUUCUACGCGCCCAAGUACCGGGCAUUACGAUCGCGACCGACAUCAUCUGCGGGUUUCCGGGCGAAACGGAAGCGGACUUUGACGACACGCUGGCACUGUGUGAGAAGUACCAGUUCCCAAGCCUGUUCAUUAAUCAGUUUUUCCCCCGGCCCGGUACGCCGGCAGCGAAGAUGACGAAGGUUCCGGCCAAUGAGGUGAAAACGCGCACGAAACGGUUGACCGAUUUGUUCCAUUCGUAUGAGCCGUACAAGAAGUACGAGGCCGGUACGAAGCAAACGGUACUGGUUACAGAAAUCUCGCACGACCGGAAGCACUACGUCGGGCACAAUAAGUUCUACGAGCAGAUAUUGCUACCAAUGCACAACAAUUUGCUCGGCAAGCAGGUCGAGGUGGAAAUUACCGGAUGCACCAAAUUCAGCAUGUUUGGCAAAGUGAUACAAGGCGAGCAGGAAUGGAAGAACUGUAGCAAGCGUAGUACCGCCGACGGUACGAUGGCCAGCAGUCUCGUGGCCGGCGCAGAAGAGUCAAAGUAUCGAUCGAUAUUUGCUUACUUUUUCAUAUCGUGCAGUUUGGCGAUAGUGUGCAAAUACAUUUUUAUGUUUCUUGAUUUCUAAAAUCCCUUUUGCGCAUGCUGCAGAUCUUGUUUGCGUCAAUGCCUCGGGAGAUAUAGAAAAUAUAACAAUGAAUUUACUGCAUCGCUUGA